AUGACGAUCCUUCCGAAGAAAAAAGCGGUCCCGGCUCCCGACGCCGAUGCCGACUCCGGCCCUGACGCCGGCCCCGAGAGGGGGGCGGACUCCGGCCCCGAGCGCGGCCCCGGCGGCGUCGGGGAGCCCGGCGGGCCCGGCGUGGGCCCGCGGCCCCGGGCCUCGCCCCCUCCGCCGCUGCGGGGCUGGGCCGGGCUGCCCUCCGCCGCCUCUCCGCCUCCCUCCGGCCCCGGCGGACCCGGCGGAGGCGGCGGCCCCGGCGGCGCGGACGGCCCCGCUUCGUUGCUGGGUCUCGACGCGGCCGCCCUGGGGCUGCCCGAACCCCGCGGCCCCGGGGGAGGAGGAGGAGGGGGCGGCCCCGGGCACAGCAAACGGCGGCGGCGCGGAGGGGCCGGGCCCAGCGCGGGGGGCGGCUCCGGGCCCGGCGGUGGGGGCCUGGCCCUGGGGCUGGGGUUGGGCUCCGGGGGAAGCCCCGGGCACGACGAAGCCGGCGGAGGAUACAACAGUGAGGAUGAAUACGAGGCCGCCCGCGUGGAGCUGGACCCGGCCACGGCCGAGCAGGUGGGGGUUGGGGGGGGGCGGCGGGGGGGGUGCGGGCUGAAGGGAACCCAGUGGAUUUGGGGUGGGCAAGAAGGGACAUUAUCACCCCCCUGCGUUGCUUCACACGGCUCUCAUUUUGUGCCCCCCCCCCCAGCUGAUCAGGUGUACGGAGAUCAGGACAUGCAUGAAGUGGUGCGGAAGCACUGCAUGGAUUAUCUGAUGAAGAACGCCGACUAUUUCUCCAACUACGUGACAGAGGAUUUCACCACUUACAUCAACCGCAAGCGCAAAAGCACCUGCCAUGGGAACCACAUUGAGAUGCAGGCCAUGGCCGAGAUGUACAACCGACCCGUCGAGGUCUACCAGUACGGCACUGAGCCCAUCAACACCUUCCAUGGGAUCCAGCACAACGAGGACGAGCCCAUCCGGGUCAGCUACCACCGCAACAUCCACUACAACUCCGUCGUCAACCCCAACAAAGCCACCAUUGGGGUGGGGCUGGGGCUGCCGUCCUUCAAACCUGGGCUGGCAGAGCAGUCGCUGAUGAAGAGCGCCAUCAAGACGUCGGAGGAGUCGUGGAUCGAGCAGCAGAUGCUGGAGGACAAGAAGCGUGCCACCGACUGGGAGGCCACCAACGAGGCCAUCGAGGAGCAGGUGGCCCGCGAGUCCUACCUGCAGUGGCUGCGUGACCAGGAGAAGCAGGCCCGGCAGCCCCGCAAGGCCAGCGCCACGUGCAGCUCAGCCACAGCAGCGGCCUCCAGCGGUCUGGAGGAGUGGAGCGGCCGCUCCCCCCGGCCCCGCAGCGCCGCCCCCUCCCCGGAGCACCCUGGGCUGCACCCCGAAGCCCCCGGCCCCAAACCCCCAUCGCCCAGCGUCCCUCCCCCCGGAAAACCCCCGUCGCCCUGUGCCCCAGGGACCAGCAGCCAGCUGGGGGCAGGGGGGGGCCGGGCCACCCCCCCGCUGGUGUCCCUUUACCCCGCAUUGGAGUGCCGUGCCAUCAUGCAGCAGAUGUCCCCCACCGCCUUUGGCCUCAACGACUGGGAGGACGACGAGAUCCUGGCGUCGGUGCUGGCCGUCUCGCAGCAGGAGUACCUGGAGACCAUGAAGACCUCCCGCCACAGAGACCCCAACCCCGACAAAAGUUGAUAUUGAACCCCUGGACUGCAAACCCCCAGACCCCCCUCCCCCACUUGCCUGCCGCCCCCCCCCUCCCCCUCUCCUCCUCCCCCCCCACAAAAAAAUCCCCACAGCUCCACAUCAAAGCCCACCCAGGGACCUCGAGGCAUGCACGGCCGGGGGGGGCCCCCCCUCCCCAGUGCAGGAGUGGGAGGGGGACACAGCGCUGGACGCCGCCAGACGAACCUCGGCUUUAUUAUGAAUUUUUUUUGGGGGGAGGGACUGGGGGGGGGGAGGGGGGUUGUUGGACCCCCUCCCCUCAUGAAAGCUGGGGGGUGGGGGAGGGGAAAGGAGGGAGGGUGAAGGGCUCCUAUUUUUUCUAGGGUCACCCCUUUCCCUUUGGGGUUUUACUAUAUUUUGAUGGGGUGGGGUCCCACUCUCUGUCAUCCCCCCCCUGCUUUCACAGAGCAUCCAACCCCCCCCACACACCAAUUGGGGGGGAGGGGGGGAAAGGGAUGGGGUGCUGCCCCUCCCCCUGCCCCACUCCGCGCCCCAAAAUUAAACUGAUGCCCAGCAGCCCCCCCGCCCCUUCUCUUCGGGGGGGACCCCCUCUACCCUCCCCCACCCCUUCGUUUGGAGGAGCCCCCCCAGCAUACUGAGGGGGGGGGAGAGGUGGGCUGCGCCGGUUUGGGGGAGGGUGCUGUGUCCUUUGAGGGGCGUUUUAAGGGGGAUUUUCUGUCCUUUAAGGAACUCUUUGGGGUCUCUCCGCGGUCUCUGGGGAGCGGGCGUGCGUGAGAAGCGUUUGAAGGGUCUGGAAAUGAUGCGAGGGACGAAAUAAAAGCGGGGAGGGCGCAGCCGCGGGCAUGGGCUGAGUUGUGGAGAGCCAUUUACUGGGGGGUGAAGUUGAUUAAGGGACUUUUUGCGCGAGUGAGGGUUGGGGGCGCCUCAGC